AUGGCAUCUACAGCACUUCAUAUUGCCAAGCCAAACUACUCAAACACCAGGAUCAUAUCACCUUUGAAGGUGUCAAUAGAUGCGAGUGCAUUAUUAGACGUCAUUGAAGCCAUUUACCAUGACAAUUCAGAAGCCUCUGAUUCAGGACGCACAAGAUUGAUUGGUACUCUCUUGGGUACCCGUUCUGAAGAUGGAGAUGUCAAUAUCAAAGCUGCAUACAUUGUUCCGCACACGGAAAAAGAUGGUGAUCUUAUUUUUGAAGAAUCAUACCAUUUCUCAACCUACCAAUUAUACAAGAGAAGUAAUAUGGAUCUUCAAGUUGUUGGGUGGUUCUCCACAAAGGAUGAGCUAGAUUUAUCAACUGGUCUCUUGCAUGAGUUUUAUUCUAAAAACUCGCCAAAUCACCCUCAAAUUUUACUCACUCUAAGACACAAGGACGAAAACGGAGAAGUUAUUUCCCCUAUUAUAAGCACAUAUGUUUCAGGCCCAGUUGGUUUGCCUUCAACUUCUCAGCUAGCUCGUAGCCUCGGAUUGGAUAAAUCAGGUGCAUUUGCCUUUGUUUCUGUCGAAAAUGAGGUCAUUUACUCAAAGAGUGAAUUAACAUCUCUCCAAUUUAUCGAUAAAGCUUCAAACAACGAAAAUCAAACUACCACACUUUCUUCGAAUGACGAACUUAAGCAGUUAGAAAGCAGUGUAAAGAAGAUUGCUGAUAUGCUCAAAGUCUUAUCAGAAUAUUCUGCACGCGUUAAGAAUGGUGAAAUCAAGGGGGAAAGUAAAAUAGGUCAAUUACUUUUGUCAGCGCUCAAGUUCCAACUCUCACAAAACGAAAUAAACGGAUUGAAAGUACAGAUGGAAAAUCAUACCAACGAUACCUUGCUUAUCGAAUAUUUAUCCUCCUGUAUUCAACAGCAAUUGGACUUAAGCUCUAAGCUAACCAAUUUCGUACUACCUGCAGAUGCAUUAAAAUAA